CUGGAUUAUGAGACAAAUCUGGAUUUAGUUAUAUUGGUGAACGUAAUCAAAACAUUUGGGUUAUUGUGAUAAAUCUUUCAUUCCCUCUAAUAAAAUUGAAACCAUCAGACUCGGCAGUUCAGCGCGAAAAACCGGCGCUCUCCCGAUUUUUUUAUUUUUUUAUAUACACGCGCUCAGGUUUUAUUGGCCUCCGGAAGAUGUGAUGUCAUGCAGCGCCUCUGUAGAGCCAAUCACAAGACGGGACUAAAACAGGGCGCUGUGGGCUUUUAUUCUUAUUUUUAUUCUUAUUAAGGGGCGUAUUUUUGAGUAUAUUUAAUGACAGAGUACCGCUGUUGUCCGGGCGCUGAUCUGGAAUGUCACGUGCGUAUUUGGAACAUACAUGGAGCCUGGUCAAAUAAUCCGAUUUCACAAAUGGCUCAAAGGUGGUAUUUAAAAACGGUUUGUUGUAGGAAGUCACCACAGUGGACUGCUUCAGGAAUCCACGGAAGACGACGCUGUCUAACUGAAUAUGACCGCCUUUUCUUGUCUACCCAGUGAGCAAUAAACCGUAUAAAAGAUUUAAAAAUGAAGAAGCUAAGGAGACGAAGUUGUCCGAUUGCAUUGAGUAGAGGAAGAAGCAGUUCCUCCAACCACACAGACCAGGAUAUUCUUCUCCGUUCUCCCUCCCCAUGUAGACUCAACUUUUCUAUGUCCAGAGACACACUCUCAUAUGCGCAGUCUCAGAAAAUUGUAGAGGUAGAGCUUGAGGGAAGAGUUCAUCUGAUUAAUGUUUCUGAUCCACUCAAAAUCAUCACAGAAGAUGAAAUGCUUGCACAGGACCUGACAGAGUGCAACAGCAACAAGGAGAACAGUGAGCAGAUUACAGGCUAUGCUCAGCCAGACCACACUGUCUCCUCUCUAAAGGACAAGAGGAAAGAAAGCAAACAUAGUGGCAGGUGUAGGCGUUCUGGUGGCCAACACUUCACCCACAACCUUCUGAGCUCAGCUCAUCACACUCAGUUAGUAAGCCCUCUACCUAAGCCCACCUUCCAAAAGGUGGACACCUACUCGCCAUUGGAGGCUUGUCCUCUUCCUGUGGCCUACUACCGCUAUGUGGAAAAGUGUAAUGAGGAGCUGGAGAUGAAGGCAGAAUAUGACAUGGAUGAGGAAGACAUGGCUUGGCUGGAGAUUGUAAAUCAGAAACGUGUGUCGGAUGGGCAUGCUUCUGUCUCUCCGGACACAUUUGAGUUAUUGAUUGAGAGAUUGGAGAGGGAAUCUAUCCUGGAGUCUCGAAGCCAAGUCUUGUCCCAGAAUGCAAUUGAUGAGGACGCUUUCUGCUGUGUGUGCAUGGAUGACGAGUGCCUUAACAGCAAUGUCAUCCUGUUUUGUGACAUCUGCAACUUGGCUGUACACCAGGAGUGUUAUGGAGUGCCCUACAUACCUGAAGGUCAGUGGCUAUGCCGACGCUGUCUGCAGUCCCCCUCUCGGCCUGUGGAUUGCAUCCUUUGCCCAAAUAGAGGAGGUGCCUUUAAACAGGCUAGUGAUGGUCGCUGGGCCCACGUAGUUUGCGCUAUCUGGAUCCCUGAAGUUUGCUUUGCUAACACAGUAUUCCUUGAACCUGUAGAAGGAGUGAAUAACAUUCCCCCUGCAAGAUGGAAACUCACUUGCUACUUGUGCAAGCAGAGGGGGAGGGGGGCAUCCAUUCAAUGCCAUAAGGCCAACUGCUACCGAGCAUUUCAUGUCACCUGCGCUCAACGGGCUGGGCUCUUCAUGAAGAUAGACCCAGUGCGGGAGACUGACGUCAACACCACCACAUUCACUGUUAAGAAGACUGUCUUCUGUGGAAACCAUUCUCCCCUUGAUGCUAAAUUAGGGUACAGUGAAAAGGGGGAAAUCUUUGUAGGGGGUAGGGGUCAAAGGUCAUACACUUUAGGGCCUACAGUUGAGCAAAAUCAGCAUGAACGCAAAAAGGGUUUGGUCACACAGCAAAAAAAGAAGAAAAAAAAUUCAAAUGGAUUAUCGCGCAAGUCAGCAGCGCCUCUACUACUUGUACCACAAAUUCCAUCCUACAGGCUUAAUAAGAUAUGCACAGGUGUGCCAGUACAGAGGAAGAACCAAUUCAUGCAAAGGCUUCAUAAUUAUUGGUUGCUAAAACGUCACUCUCGAAAUGGAGUUCCACUUAUUCGUCAGCUCCACUCCCACCUACAGGUUCAGAAGACUGAAAAGAGGGAGCCAGAUGCGAGGGUGCAGGCAUUGAGGGUGGAGCUGAAAUACUGGCAGAAGCAGCGGCAGGACCUAGAGAAAGCUCGACUAUUGAUUGAACUCAUCCGCAAGAGAGAGAGGCUCAAACGUGAACAGCUAAAACUGCAGCAGCUGACUUUGGAGCUUCAGCUCACACCCUCCUUAGUACUACUGCGCUCCACACUGGAGCGACUGCAAGAGAAAGAUAGCGAUUGCAUCUUCAUUUCUCCUGUCAAUCUCUCUGAGGUUGAAUGUACGGGGCUUAUAAAUCACAUCAUUCAGAAUGUUCCAGAUUAUCUGGAGUUUGUUUCUGAGCCAAUGGACUUCUCUACCAUGCGUGAGAAGCUGGAGGCACAUAAGUACUGCUCCGUGGCAGAUCUGGAAGCUGACUUUAACUUGAUGGUGUCUAACUGCCUACGGUACAAUUCAAGUGACACCGUGUUCCACAAAGCAGCCAUGCAGCUCAAGGAAGUGGGUGGUGCUAUCUUGAGGCAUGCCCAGAGCCAGGCUCUCAGCGCAGGGUUUGACAUUUCUACAGGCAUGCAUCUCCCUGACUCAGGCAUCAAAGUAAACUCCAGCCAGUCCUGCUGGGACAUGGUGGACAUGCUUUUGGACCCUGAAAAUAGAAUUCACAUGUCUCCAGAGGCCCAGCUGAAACAACUGCUUGAAAAGUUGGACAUGGUGACAACCAUGUGUACCAGUGGAGCGCGCACUAAACGAUUGCGACUGUUACGCAGGGAAAUCAAUAGUAUACGUCACAAGCUCAACCGCCAGCAGCGAACUUCACGACUACUCGGUGGCAAUACCAAAAAGGAAGGCCAGAAAGUAGAAGUCCCAAAUAAAAAAAUUAAUUAUGCAACAAUCACUUCAGGUUUGAAAAAUGAUCUUAAAAAGAAGGAUUACAUUCGUGAGUCAGAGAAUUGCUCUACUGCUUAUCAAAACAUCAGUUCUGCACUUCCCAAACGCAGUCGAGGUAAACCAUCCUUGAACAAGGUCCCAGUUGUGGAGGGAGAGAACAAAAAGGCUGAUUCAGAGACCAAAUUGGAGCCUCUCAGCUUGGUUUGGGCUAAAUGCAGGGGGUAUCCUUCAUAUCCCGCAAUGAUGGUAGAUCCUGACAUGCCCAAAGAAGGAAUUCUUCCUAAUGGCAUUGUAAUCCCAGUACCACCGCAAGACGUGCUGCAACUGGGUGAGCGCAGACAGGUGGAGACUGAGGACAAGUUAUUCCUUGUGGUGUUUUUCGACACGAAAAGAACUUGGCAGUGGCUACCAAUGGGUAAACUCCAUCCAUUGGGAAUCGAUGACGCUGUGGAUAAACUUCGCCUGAUGGAAGGCAAGAAACCGAAUGUACGGAAGUCUGUACACCUGGCAUAUGAACGAGCAAUGAAGCACCUCAGCCUUGUGCAUAAAAACAUGAACUUUAACCCCACCACUUUCAUUGGAAGCACUUCACUGUGAGACACAACUCAAAAAGACUUCAAUGUAGUGAUUGAAAAUGAAUAUUGAGAUUUGUUCAGAUAUUUAUUUUGUGUGUGAGCAUGAUAGCUUUUAUGCAUUGAAUAGAAGUCAAUUGUCUUUUUUUCCUGCAGUAGUCUAGGGCCUUUUGGAAUACGCAUAGUAUUAUUAUAUAGAAUAGUCAUGUGAACACGAUCAAACAAUUGUACUGAAUUCUACUAAAUAAAUGUACCCAGUUAUUUAAAAAAAAAAAAAAAAAAGAUAAAGUAAACCUAAAAUGAAAUAUACACAUAGGAUCUCACUGGUUAUGUUUAUUCUUACUUGCCUAGUAAUAGUUAAUAAUCUCACUGAUGACUUAUUCGGGAUAAAAAAAAAAGCAUUCAGGUGUACACUUCCAUGCAAAUAGAGUUAAACCAAUUAAGGCUAGUUUCUGAAUAUGCCCACGAGUUUGCAUCUUUAUGAUUCAUGUUUCCUGGUGGAAUAAUAGGGUCCUAUAAAAAUAUUAAGCUAUUCAAAAUGUGAAUUGAAUCAAACAAAAUGUUUGAGGAUGAUAUAUGUACAAGAUUGACCUCAGUAAAAUCAUUUAAUAUUACCCAAAGGGUGCACAAUGUGUAGAUAAAAAAUGGUAACUGAAAUAAAAAUAAAUUUUUCUUUUCUUUUUUACACAUUGGUCUUUACCAGUGUGAAUAUGCUUUCACAUGUCACAUUUUACCUACUAGAAUGUUUAAGAUAAUAUUAACUUUUAAGCUUUGGAUUGGAUUUGCAUUCACAGAUUUGUUGUCAUGGCUUUAUUAUUUGAGAGAAUCUUCAUGUAUGUAUGUUUUAUUUAUAUACAAUGUAUUUUUAUUUAUUUAGUGCAUGGAUUAAAUAUAAUUUGGGACAGAUCCUGCUAUUGUUUAUAUUGAAGCAUGUAUGUAGAAGAUAUUCAUGUUUUUAAAAAUCUAAAAUGUAAAGAAAGUACUGUGAAAGAUUUUUACAUUUCCUUUCAUUUUGUGUUUACAAAAUUCUUUAAUAAUAAUUAAGAAUAUUGCAUUUAGAGCACUGCUCUGCAGAGCAUUACAAUAUUCAGCCUAUACAAGUCAAAACAGUAAGUAGGUCUAUAUAUCAUGUAAACAAAGUAAAUACAACUCAAUGUGCCAAACAUGCCUGAAAGUAUUUUGUGAAGGAAAAAAUAAAAACACUGUUGUUUGA